CUGUGGGUCGAAGUCAAAGAAGAAGAAGAGGUGGAAAGCGGGUUCUUCGGCAGAAAGAGAAGAGGAAAACACAGAGCCUAGAACUGAAUGUGGGGACUUUGAAUGUUGGGACUAUGACAGGAAAAUCUCGGGAGUUGGUUGACAUGAUGAUUAGGAGAAAGGUUGAUGUAUUGUGUGUCCAGGAGACCAGGUGGAAAGGCAGUAAGGCUAGAAGUUUAGGGGCAGGGUUUAAAUUAUUUUACCAUGGUGUAGAUGGGAAGAGAAAUGGCGUCGGGGUUAUUUUAAAAGAAGAGUUGGCUAAGAAUGUCUUGGAGGUGAAAAGAGUAUCAGAUCGAGUGAUGAGGCUGAAAUUUGAAAUUGAGGGUGUUAUGUGUAAUGUGAUUAGUGGCUAUGCCCCACAGGUAGGAUGUGACCUAGAGGUGAAAGAGAAAUUCUGGAAGGAGCUAGAUGAUGUAGUUCUGAGCAUCCCAGACAGAGAGAGAGUCGUAAUUGGUGCAGAUUGUAAUGGACAUGUUGGUGAAGGUAAUAAGGGUGAUGAAGAAGUGAUGGGUAAGUACGGUAUCCAGGAAAGGAACUUGGAGGGACAGAUGGUGGUAGACUUUGCAACAAGGAUGCAAAUGGCUGUAGUGAACACUUUUUUCCAGAAGAGGCACGAACAUAGGGUGACCUACAAGAGCGGAGGUAGAAGCACACAGGUGGAUUACAUCUUGUGCAGACGAUGUAAUCUGAAGGAGGUUACCAACUGUAAGGUAGUGGUAGGGGAGAGUGUGGCUAGACAGCAUAGGAUGGUGGUGUGUAAGAUGACUCUGGUGGUGGGGAGGAAAAUUAGGAAGACAAAGGCAGAGAAGAGAACCAUGUGGUGGAAGCUGAGACAGGACGAGUGUUGUGCAGCUUUUCGGGAAGAGGUGAUACAGGCUCUCGGUGGACGGAAAGAGCUUCCAGAAGACUGGACCACUGCAGCCAAGGUGAUCAGAGAAGCAGGCAGGAGAGUACUUGGUGUAUCUUCUGGCAGGAAAGGAGAGAAGGAGACUUGGUGGUGGAACCUCACAGUACAGGAAAUCAUACAAGGAAAACGGUUAGCUAAGAAGAAGUGGGACACUGAGAGGACCGAGGAGAGGCGAAAGGAAUACAUUGAGAUGCGACACAGGGCAAAGGUAGAGGUGGCAAAGGCAAAACAAGAGGCAUAUGAUGACAUGUAUGGCAGGUUGGACACUAAAGAAGGAGAAAAGGAUCUAUACAGGCUGGCCAGACAGAGGGAUAGAGAUGGGAAGGAUGUGCAGCAGGUUAGGGUGAUUAAGGAUAGAGAUGGAAAUAUGUUGACUGGUGCCAGCAGUGUGCUAGGUAGAUGGAAAGAAUACUUCGAGGAGUUGAUGAAUGAGGAAAAUGAUAGAGAAGGGAGAGUAGAAGAGGCAAGUGUGGUGGACCAGGAAGUGGCAAUGAUUAGUAAGGGGGAAGUUAGAAAGGCAUUAAAGAGAAUGAAAAAUGGAAAGGCAGUUGGUCCUGAUGACAUUCCUGUGGAGGUAUGGAAGCAUCUAGGAGAGGUGGCUGUGGAGUUUUUGACCAGCUUGUUCAAUAGAAUUCUAGUGCGUGAGAAGAUGCCUGAGGAAUGGAGGAAAAGUGUACUGGUGCCCAUUUUUAAGAACAAAGGUGAUGUGCAGAGCUGUGGCAACUAUAGAGGAAUAAAGUUGAUGAGCCACACAAUGAAGUUAUGGGAAAGAGUAGUGGAGGCUAGACUCAGGACAGAAGUGAGUAUUUGCGAGCAACAGUAUGGUUUCAUGCCUAGAAAGAGUACCACAGAUGCAUUAUUUGCCUUGAGGAUGUUGAUGGAAAAGUACAGAGAAGGUCAGAAGGAGCUACAUUGUGUCUUUGUAACUCUAGAGAAAGCCUAUGACAGAGUACCCAGAGAGGAACUGUGGUACUGCAUGCGGAAGUCUGGAGUGGCAGAGAAGUAUGUUAGAAUAAUACAGGACAUGUACGAGGGCAGCAGAACAGCGGUGAGGUGUGCUGUAGGUGUGACAGAAGAAUUUAAGGUGGACGUGGGACUGCAUCAGGGAUCAGCCCUGAGCCCCUUCCUUUUUGCAGUGGUGAUGGAUAGGCUGACAGAUGAGGUUAGACUGGAAUCCCCGUGGACCAUGAUGUUUGCAGAUGACAUUGUGAUCUGCAGUGAAAGCAGGGAGCAGCUGGAGGAACAGUUAGAAAGAUGGAGGCAUGCACUGGAAAGAAGAGGAAUGAAGAUUAGCCGAAGUAAAACAGAAUAUAUGUGCAUGAAUGAGAGGGGUGGUGGGGGAAGAAUGAGGCUACAGGGAGAAGAGAUGGCAAAGGUAGAGGACUUUAAAUACUUGGGGUCAACCGUCCAGGGCAAUGGUGAGUGUGGUCAGGAAGUGAAGAGCGUCAAGUACUUUGGCUGGGCCUAA